ACGUCACUUUUUGUUGUGUCACGUGACAGUUACUGAUCCAAAAUGGCUGCCGACAACCUCCCAUCUGAAUUUGACGUUAUCAUCCUUGGUACAGGCCUUACUGAGUCUGUCAUUGCUGCUGCAUGCUCAAGAGUGGGACAGAGAGUUCUGCACUUAGACAGAAGAAACUACUAUGCUGGAAACUGGUCAAGUUUCACAUUCAAUGGCCUUUUGUCUUGGAUUGAGGAGUACAAGGCUCAGCAAGAAAUUCCAAGCACGAAGUCAGAACAGGGAUGGAAUGAUCAAAUCAAGGAUGAAGAGGAAGUUAUUUUUCUCAGCUCCGUAGACUCCUCCAUCUCCAAUUUGGAAGUUUUCUCUUAUGACAGUGAAGAGUCUAAGGAUGACGAGCAGCCGAAUGCUUCUCUAGUGAACAGCUUGCCCGAAGCAACUGAAGAGACGAAUGGCUGCCAUAUAGAAGCCCAAGACAUGGAUUCUUUCAAUUCUUGUACACAAGGUGAUGCUGACCCACAGAAUCUAGAGGGGAAUGAGCAAACAUCUAACAGCCAAGACACCUGCCAAUCAAAGGAAGAAAUAAAAGAUCAGCAGACAAUAAGAAGCCCAGAGCAAGCACUAGAGGUCAAAAAGAAAAUAACCUAUGCUAAGCUACUGAAGGAGGGUCGCAGAUUUAACAUUGAUCUUGUGUCUAAGCUGCUGUAUUCCCGUGGCUUACUGGUGGACCUUCUCAUUAAGUCCAAUGUCAGCCGUUAUGCUGAGUUCAAGAACGUCAGUUGCAUCCUCACCUAUCAUAAUGGCAAAGUGGAGCAGGUCCCGUGUUCCCGUGCUGAUGUAUUUGGCAGUAAGCAGCUGACUGUGGUGGAAAAACGUAUGCUGAUGAAAUUCCUUACAUUCUGCCUGGAUUUUGAGCAACACCCAGAGCAAUUCCAAGAUUUCACAGAAAUGCCAUUUGCUGAGUUUCUUAAAUGUAAGAACCUGACCGAGAAUCUGCAGCAUUUUAUUUUGCACUCCAUUGCCAUGGUGAGCCAAGAUGCUCCAACCAACACUGGACUGAAGGCUACACAGCACUUCUUGCGUUGCCUAGGUCGCUAUGGAAAUACACCAUUCCUGUUCCCACUUUACGGCCUAGGCGAAAUCCCUCAGUGCUUUUGCAGAAUGUGUGCUGUUUUUGGGGGCAUUUAUUGUCUGCGCCAUUCUGUACAUUGCCUUGUUGUGGAUAAGGAGUCCGGCAAGUGUAAAGCUGUGAUUGACACUCAUGGUCAGCGAAUAAGCUGCAGUCAUUUUGUGGUUGAAGACAGCUAUAUCCGAGAUGAACAGAGAGCACAAACAACAUACAGGCAGAUAUCCAGAGCAGUGGUCAUCACAGACCGAUCAAUUUUACCUUCUGAAUCAGAUCAGCAGAUUUUAUUGGUGACAGUGCCUCCUCUUGAGCCUUCUUCUCCAGCUGUAAGGAUGGUGGAGCUCAGUUCAUCCUCCAUGACAUGCAUGCCUGGAACCCAUUUGGUCCACCUGACUUGCUCAUCAUCAGACUCAGCUCAUGACGAUCUGGCACCUGUCAUUUCCAGGCUUUUCCAUGUACCCAGCAGCUGCAAAGAGGAAUCUGUAGGUUCAGAGGAGAAUGAGAAGCCUGUGGUAUUAUGGGUGAUGUACUUCAACAUGCGGGAUACUUCUGGCCUUGACAGCAGCAGCUAUAAUCUGCCAAGCAACAUCCAUGUGUGCACAGGCCCCGAUGACAGCUUGGGCAGCGAUUACUCUAUUAACUUGGCUGAAUUAGUGUUUCAUCGGCUGCUACCUGAUGAGGAGUUCUGUCCACCUGCUCCAAACCCUGAGGACAUCAUAUAUGAUGGCGAUCAGGGACAAGGGGCCAUGUUUGAGAAUGACGGUCAAAAUGAAGGGGCUAUAACUAAGGGAGAGGAUGGGCCUCAGGAGAACACGCAACAAGAGUGUAGCUCAGAACCUACAGACAGUACAAUACAGUGUGGGUCUGGUAAUUAUGACUGAAUAUAAUGUUUAAAGCCCACCCCUGCAGUAUAGUCCUUAAUGAAAUGACUAUUUGUUAAGUGUUCAUUUUACACAAGUGACUGUCAGCUUCUCUUCUGGAGAUCUACAUUCUUGCAUAAUUAAGGCUUUGCUAGUACUUUUCCAUUGCUGUCUCUAAAAUGUUAAAAUGAAAAUAAUUGGUUUCCACACACUGCACAAUUACUGUUGUUAUAUACAUAUAUGUAUGUCUAACCUGAUAUGUGUGCCUGAAAACAUUUCUUUGGUGUUGUGCUUCUGACCACAUCAAUGCUGGCUUAGAAAUGUACCUGCAUGCAACUAAAAAGCUGCCUACCUUCAAAUGAAAUGCUUGGUAAAUAAAUAUUGUUUCCUUCCUAA